ACAGCUGUGGUUUUCUACAUGUCGACGACUACAUUAGUCAAUGUUUUGGAGACUAUAUUGGUCAAAGUAAUGCCAUUCAUAUCCCACAAACGCAGCGAUGAUCUCAAUACUGGUGGCACAGAAAUGUUCAAUUUAGGGUACCAGUACCAGUUUAGUAAGUGUGCGGGGACUGUGGCUUGUGCUUCUCAUCAGUUUCUUCAAUUGAAAAGCAUCAAUAUGUCUCACACAAUUCUACUGGUGCAGCCAAACCCUAGACCCGAUACCAGGACCUAUUCUGACUAUGAGUCCCUGAAUGAGUGUCUGGAAGGAAUUUGCAAGAUUUAUGAGGAACAUUUAAAGAGGCAAAAUCCUGACUGUCCGUCCAUUACUUACGACAUUUCCCAGCUGUUUGAUUUCGUAGAUCAGCUGACAGACCUAAGUUGCCUGGUCUACCAGAAAAACCAGGGCAGUUACGCACCUCACAACAAAGAUUGGUUGAAGGAAAAGAUUUACAUCAUGCUAAGAAAACAAGCAGGCCGCUAAUUCUAUGAGAAACAUGAAGAUAUAUUGAUAGUGACAUGUAGCAUAUAUCAUGGCAUCAUUUGGUCAUCAUAUUUGUACAAUACAUGUAACUUGUACUAAUAUAUAGCUAUUGCAACAAUAAGUUAUGUUUAUUAGUUUUAGGUAAAAAGCAUUGUUCUAAUGAUGGAUUAGUUUUAUGUGCUACUGUUUAUAAACUAGCUUUUCAAGGAAUUUCUUUCUGUAUUAACUCUUUAUUUGCAAUACACAUGUAGAAGGGGUUUUCAGAUUUUGUGGAAGUUGAGAUUAGAUUAUAGAUUAUUGUGUCUGUAGGUAUUCUUCUUGCUCUCUUUAUGACAUUUGCCUUGAAACAUUGUAUUAAAAAAAUAGUUUAAAUUACAUUGCUCUGAUUUUCUUUUUCAUAAACUAAUUUUUUAGAUGAAUUAAUCUUUUAGAAUAUGAUAAAAACUCUGCAAUGUUAUUAACAUAAGUUGACUGAUACGAAAUUGUAUGUUUGCUCUCUCUUUUAUUAUUAUUGUCUUCUUUUUAUGCAUCUACUCAAGUCCCAGAUGAGGGUUUUGGAUGAAAUGUAUGGUUGUUUUGACAUGUUUUAUGAAUGAGGCUGUUUGACUUUGUAAAAAAGGUUUUGAUAAAUAAAUGUGUCCUAUUUCAA